AUGGCAAUUGUAAAGCCGUCUGGUGAGCUUCUCAGGCUCCUCACCUUCCUCAUUUGCCUACUCCAUCAUUGCAACGCAGGCUAUGACGUCGACUCGGUCGUCGGGGCGCGGAGCCUAUUAUCGGCCAAUCUGAAACUUGUAGGCGGGACGACGGAGUUCGGUCCUGAUGUCAAGAGGCUCGACCUAACUGCAAGCCUAGAGACGGAUAGUCGGCUCCAUGUGCGCAUCACCGACGCCGACCAUCAGAGAUGGGAGGUCCCCCAGGAUGUCAUCCCACACCCAACGUCAGUGUCAGAGGACGUUUUGCUCGGAUCGGCAGGCAUGGACAAUGCCACCUUGUCGAGCAGCGCCACCAUCUCCAAGGUGUCUUCGGACCUGACCUUCUCCAUCCACAUGAAUCCGUUCCGCUUCACCGUCUCCCGCCGCUCCACCGGUGACACCCUCUUCGACACUUCUGCAACCCUCAUCUUCAAGGACCGGUACUUGGAGGUGACGACGGCGCUUCCAGCCGGGCGGGCAUCAUUGUACGGGUUCGGCGAGCACACGAAACGGACGUUCCGGCUCCAGCCCAAUGACACGUUCACGCUGUGGAACGAGGACCUGGAGAGGUCAGACCUACUGGACCGUAACCUCUACGGCUCGCACCCAUUCUACAUGGAUGUGCGCCCUGGCGGCAAUGCGCAUGGCGUGCUCCUCCUCAACAGCAAUGGCAUGGACAUACUGUAUGGCGGGUCCUACAUCACCUACAAAGUCAUCGGUGGCGUGCUCGACUUCUACUUCUUCGCCGGCCCCUCCCCGCUUGCCGUCGUCGACCAGUACACCCAGUUCAUCGGCCGCCCUGCCCCAAUGCCAUACUGGUCAUUCGGGUUCCACCAGUGCAGGUAUGGCUACAAGAAUGUGGCUGACCUGGAGGAGGUGGUCGCCGGCUACGCCAAGGCCAAGAUCCCCCUGGAGGGGAUCUGGUCAGACAUCGACUACAUGGACCGCGGCCAGGAUUUCACGCUGGAUCCGAUCAACUUUCCGGUGAACCGUCUCCGGCCGUUCGUCGACCGGCUCCACAGCAACGGCCAGAAGUAUGUGGUCAUCAUAGACCCGGAGAUCAAAAGGCAAGCAACGCCUAACGAGGACUUUUUCCUCAAGAGAAAUGGCACCAACGUGGUGGGCAGGGUGUGGCCAGGCGAGGUGUACUUCCCGGACUUCAUCAACCCACGCGCCGUGGAGUACUGGGCGCAGAAGAUCUCCGAGUUCCGGCGGACCAUCCCCGUAGACGGGCUAUGGUGCGACAUGAACGAGCCCUCCAACUUCGGGGCCUGGCAGCCGCUCAACGCGCUGGACGACCCGCCCUACCGCAUCAACAACUCCGGCACGCAUCGUCCCCUCAACAACCAAACCCUGCCGGUCUCCACUGUGCACUACAAUGGUGUGUCCGAGUACGACGCGCACAACCUCUUCGGCCUCUACGAGGCACGUGCCACGCAUGCCGCACUGCUCAAGGACACCGCGCGCCGCCCCUUCGUGCUCAGCCGCUCCACCUUCCCCGGAGCGGGGCGGUACGUCGCGCACUGGACCGGCGACAAUUCCGCGCGGUGGGACGAGCUUGCGAACUCCAUCAACACGAUGCUCAGCUUUGGCCUCUUUGGCAUCCCCAUGGUCGGCGCCGACAUAUGCGGCUUCAGGGGCAACACAAGCCAGGAGCUCUGCAGCCGCUGGAUCCAGCUUGGUGCGUUCUACCCGUUCGCGAGGGCGCACACGGAGAGAACCACCGAACGACGAGAGCUCUAUGUGUGGGAGUCGACGGCGCAGUCGGCGAGGAAAGCGUUCGGGACGCGGUACCGGAUGCUCCCCUACAUGUACACGCUCAUGUACGAGGCGCACACAACAGGGGCACCCAUCGCACGCCCGCUCUUCUUCUCCUACCCGCAGGACGCCGAUACGUACGGCGUGGACAAGCAGUUCCUGCUCGGGCGCGGCGUGCUUGUAUCUCCGGUGCUACAGCCGGGUGCCACCACCGUCGACGCCUAUUUCCCGGCAGGCCGGUGGUUCAGCCUCUAUGACCACAACUACCCCCGCACGGUGGACACGCGGACCGGCAAGCGUGUUACACUCCAGGCACCAGUGGACUCGGCGAACGUCCACCUCGCUGGCGGCAACAUCCUACCGCUGCAGCAGCCGGGCCUUACCACAUCCGCCGCACGGCAAGGCGAGUUCCACCUCCUUGUGGCACUCGCGGAGAACGGCAUGGCCAGCGGGGAGCUGUUCUUGGACGAUGGCGAGUCGACCGAGAUGGGCGGGGUGGGAGGCAACUGGACCCUGGUGAAAUUUAGCUGCAGCACGGAGGAGAGCAAGGGCAUCAUCACGACCACGGUGAGUUCCCAUGUGGUGCACAACUCAUACACGCCGAGUCGGGCGCCGGUGAUCGGCAAGGUGGUCUUCAUGGGGCUCCAGUCGCCAGCAAAGGGGUUCACUAUCUAUGUGAACAACGUUGAGCUCAAGGCAGCCCGCACCAAGUCCCGGACGAGUGGAGCGCUUAGCGUCAGUGGCCUGUCGCUGGCCAUUGGAAAGGAGUUCAAGAUCAAGGUCGUCAUGUCCCAUUAA